UGUAGAUUCAAGCACGCAAUGACGGAUGAAAACAGACGGUAAAUAAAUACAUAUAUUAUUUGUAAUGCUUAUAAUAUAAAUACAUUUUCGCUAACCAUAUUUUAUAUUAUGUAAAAUAGAUUAAAUUGUUCUAUAUAAACGAAAUUAAUUUAGUACAAAAACUAUAUGUCUCGUUUACUUGAUAUUAUAUUGCCAGUGAUAGACUUUCAUUCCCUUUGCUAUUAUAAUCAUCAUUAAAAUGGGUUUAUAUUUUUGUUUUGGAAUUUUAUAUUGUUUUAUUUGUUUAAUUACCAUACCAAAGUUUACAUUUGGAAUGCAUUUCUUAGAUGAAGAAACUUUUAGCGAUGAGAUUGAUCCUAAUGAAGCCUAUAACAAGGAGACUGACAUUAUGUUUAGUGAAAUCAUUAAAAAUGAGACAGAACAAGAUAAGUAUCCCAUAUCAAUUUAUUUUUCAAAAAUUAUGUUACAUUACUUACGGGGAUUGGUUGAUGAUGAAGUAAAUGGACAUCAAGAUGCUAUGAAUGAAUUUUAUGAUGAUGUUAGGGAUUCAAAGAAAUAUAACGAAGAAAUUGGAGAAAUAUUGAGAAGGUUAUUAGACAGGAUAGUUAAUGAAAAGAAUAAAAGGGAGUUAAUAAAAGAAUAUAUUAGUUGUAUUCUCAGAGAUAUGAAAAAUGACGAAGCAGAUUUAAAAAGAAAUCUACGUGAAGUCAAGAUAAAGAAUAAUGGUACCAUUAAAAUAAAUUAUGUAACAAAAAUCAUGGAAAAUCCAUUCUUAAGAGAUCUUUCUAACUCUGAAACAAUCUGUAAAUUAUUAACCAAAAAAAAAUUAGAGCAUCUGGUUGGAAACUUUUUGCCGAUUAUUGAAGACGACGAAGACGUUGAAUACAAUGAAUAUGAUAAAGACAAUUAAUUCAACUCAUAGUUUAUAAAAUGUUAUUAUAACUUUUUGUUCUAUAAUAUAUAUAUUCAUAAUUGUUUAAAUUAUUAUAAAUAAAGUGAUGUUUAAUUUAUAA